AUGUCCAACAGAGAUUAUUACAAUCAAGGAAACCAAGAAUAUCAACCAAACCAAGGUGGUAACAAUGAAAGACAAGAUGGUCAAACUGGUGAUAGAGGAAUGAUGGAAAGUGUUGCCGGUAGUCUUUUAAAUAAUUAUAUGAGUGGUGGUAAGCAAAAUCACAGCAAUAAUAGUGGAAGUGGAAUGGGUGCCAUUGGUUCAAUGAUCGCUGGAGCUAUGGGUUCAGGUCACGGUAACCAAGGAAGUCAUGGUAGCAGUGGUAGUAGUGGAUUAGGUGGUAUGUUAAGUAGUGCUUUAGGUGGAAGUAGUGGCAAACAUAACCAAGGUUACGGAAAUGAUUAUAAUAACAAUUAUGGCGGUAACCAAGGGGGUUAUGGUGGCAAUGGUGGCAGUGGAUACCAAGGUGGUAACUAUCAAUCUCAAGGUCACCAUCAACAACAGGGUCACCAAUCACAAGGUGGUUUCUUAGGUAAACUUGAAAAUAUGAUGGAACAAAGAAUGGAAGGUGGAAGAAAUGAUGGAUAUGGAGGCGGUAGAAAUGACUACGGCAGACAGGAUUAUGGUGGUGGUAGAAAUGACCAUGGUGGAAGAAAUGAUUAUGGUGGAAGAAAUGAUUAUGGUGGAAGAAAUGAUUAUGGUGGAAGAGAUGAUUAUGGUAGAAACGAUGGAGGCUUUGGCGGUAGAAACGAUUACGGUAGAAACGAAGGUGGAUAUGGUGGUAGAGAUGAUUAUGGUAGAAAUGAUGGUGGAUUUGGUGGUAGAAAUGAUGGUGGAUUUGGUGGUAGAAACGAUGGUGGAUUUGGUGGUAGAAAUGAAGGUGGAUACGGUGGUGGAUUCGGUGGCAGAGAUGACAAUGGUAGAAAUGAUGGCUACGGUGGUGGCAGAUAUUAA